GGUGACUCUUCCAGUCCAGAGCAAUGGAGCAAAAUGAAUCCUCCCGUGUGGAUUCUGAAUUUCGAUACACCCUCUUUCCGGUUGUUUACAGUGUCAUCUUUGUGUUGGGGGUGAUUGCCAAUAGCUAUGUGCUAUGGGUCUUUGCCCGCUUGUACCCUUCCAAGAAACUGAACGAGAUAAAGAUCUUCAUGGUGAACCUCACCGUUGCCGACCUGCUUUUCUUGAUCACCCUCCCGCUGUGGAUUGUCUACUAUUACAAUGAAGGCAACUGGAUUCUACACAAAUUCCUGUGCAACCUGGCUGGCUGCCUCUUCUUCAUCAAUACCUACUGUAGUGUAGCCUUCCUGGGUGUCAUCACUUAUAACCGCUACCAGGCAGUGGCCUAUCCCAUCAAGACUGCUCAGUCUACCACCCGCAAGCGUGGCAUCUCUUUGUGCGUGGUCAUUUGGAUAUCCAUCGUGGCUACUGCAUUAUACUUCCUGGCCACGGACUCCACCAACGUGGUUCGCACAAAAGAUGGCUCAGGCAACAUCACCCGCUGCUUUGAGCACUAUGAGCCGCGCAGUGUGCCGAUCCUUGUGGUUCACGUCUUCAUCGCAUUCUGUUUCUUCCUCGUCUUCCUUCUUAUCCUCUACUGCAACCUGGUCAUCAUCCACACGCUGCUCACGCGGAAGGUACAGCAGCAACGCAAACCUGAAGUGAAGCGCCGGGCACUGUGGAUGGUCUGCACCGUCUUGGCGGUGUUCAUCAUCUGCUUUGUGCCCCAUCACAUGGUCCAGCUGCCCUGGACCCUCGCAGAGCUGGGCUACCAGACCAACUUCCACCAGGCUAUUAAUGAUGCCCAUCAGAUCACCCUCUGCCUCCUCAGCACCAACUGUGUCUUAGACCCUGUAAUCUACUGCUUUCUUACCAAGAAGUUCCGAAAGCACCUCAGCGAAAAGUUUUACAACAUGCGCAGUAGCAGGAAGUGCUCCCGGGCCACUACUGACACGGGCACCGAAGUGAUGGUUCCGGUUGACCAGACUCCUGUCAUGUUGCUAAAAAAUUAAUCUCUGUCUUAUUAAAGACAGACCCAGAGUCUCCUCUUCCUUGGACCUCACAGCCUGAGCUGGGAGGUGAGAGGUUUCUGCUUGUGGACAACCCCUCCUGGGACCAUGGCGGACCACUGAGGGCAGAGGUUCCUUUCUCACAGAGACGCUGGUUGACAGCACUGCCAGCAUGUUGGAAAAUACCGAACUUGAAUGCUCCUUUUUACUCAUUUGUGGGUUAAUACUAGCGAUUGUGGCUGAUGGCUUAAUCCAGAGCUUUUGAAUCUGACAUCCCGGCUAGGGCCAAACCUUGGGCUUAGACUCUGAGUUACCCAGUUCUUCCGACUGGGGCCGCAGCCGCAGCCAUAGUAUUGGGCACUGCCUCCUGCUGCAGGCAGGGGAGGAGUUAUGGGCGAGCACCGCUUCACUGGUCCUGUGGAAGAUCUUUGUGGGAACAGUAGGUUUAGGAUAGCGCCCUGCUUUCUCCACCCCUAGGUACAAGAUCUCUGUGACACUUUCAGAGGAAGUGGUUUGAUGGAAGCCUCUGAUGACCCAGAAACUUAUCUCAAAUGUAACCAGAGGAAAUAAUACAAAAGCUGACCAGAAGCUAGGAUGGGAGCGGAUUUCCCCAGGCAGCUGAGUUUCCAGCCAGGCCUGAGAGUCUAGGAGAGAGAUAGCUCCCUCUGGACCCUGCAGUUUCAACUGCGGGCAGGCGCCAGCUUCUUUUGGUGACCCCUGAACACCUGAUGGUGACUUUUUGACAAGUGUGUUAGUCACACUUCACUCGCUGUGCCCAGCCCUUCUGUCAGAAACAACCGACGGAAGAAGAGAUUUAUUUGGCUCACAGUUUCAGAGGACUUCACUCUAUCACGGCAAUCAAGGCCUGCCGGGGCAGCUCAGACUAUUGGUGGCAGGAACAGGAGGCAGAGGUUGUUCAUGUGGCAGUGAGCCAGGAGACAAAGCAGCCCUUUAAACUGGGUACAAUCUUCAGAAGCCCCGCCAGCUGUCCAUUUCUACAGCCGGGUCCUACCUCCUCCCGGUUCCACAGGCUCCCACAAUAACACCAAUAAUGGGAGAGUGAACACAGAGACCGCGGCCCUGGGCCAGUGAGAUCAGGUAAAGGCACUUGCUGCUAACACAGACAAUCAGAGUUGGAUCCCAGAACCCACAUGGUGGAACGGGAACAGACUUCUGCAGGUUGUCCUUUGACCUCUUCAUGCAUGUUGUGUCAUGCACAUGCCCCGCCUCCCCCAUAUACACAUAAAUAUACAUACAAAAUAAUGCAACAGAGCAAGACAAACAUGGCCCCGUGGAGGUGCAGGGUAUUUCAGAUUCAAAAUACACGAACUAUUACAUUCACACGAGGUCCUCUCCUGCUCUCUAAACAAGAGCAGGAAUGGCAGACUCAGAACUCUGAGAAAUUUUCCUGGUUCCCUGAGCCUUGUGUUCCUUAAAAAACAUGUUCUUGGGGGCUGGAGAGAUGGCUCAGUAGUUAAGAGCACUGAUUGCUCUUCCAAAGGACCUGGGUUCAAUUCCCAGCACCCACAUGGCAGUUCACAACUGUCUGAAGAUCCAGUUCCAGGGGAUCUGACACCUUUACACCAAUGCACAUUAAAUAAACCAUAAAAAAUGUUUUUUUUUUUAAUGUUCUUCCUUCCAGCUAGGGUCCCCUUCCAGCCAGUGUCCCCUUCCAGCCAGUGUCCCCUUCCAGCUAGUGUUCCCUUGACUUUGGGUCAGUUGAUUCCUGUCUGUCAGACAAGCAUGGGGCUUGUUCCAAUAAGCUGGUAACCUGCUUGGUUUUGGGGUGAUGGCCAUGGGCUGUCCCUAGCUGAAGGUGACUACGUAGCUAAAGCAACACACUUGAACUUUGGCAUCUUACAAACUCAGGCUCAAGGCUCAUCUGUGCCUGGUGCUGUCUAGGAAGUGGGAAUUUGACUUUCUGCCUCUUAGUGUUAUUAGCUGGGAGGUGCGGCCUACCUCGCGGGGCUGUUACCAAUGAGCAGAGCUUGCUCAGCUGACUCUUGAUUGCUCAUCCCUGAUGCUCCCCGCGAUCCUCUGAUAGGAACUGAAGGGGUGAGAGUUGGACAUGUGGAUUCGGGAUGUUGUUUGGGGAUUUACAAGCCACGUACUGAAGUCAGUUAAACUCCGGAGCUGUGACCAUGUCUGUGUGUAAAGUGAGUGGGUGGGGUGGCCACCUGGGCAGACAAAUGGCUUUUCAAAGAAGGCAGAUGUGCUAGGCAAAGCAGAGGCCAGAGAGGAACCAUUUUCAGUGGUUCUCAAUCUCCCUCAUGCUGUGACCCGCUUCAUACAAUUCCUCAUGUUUUGCUGACUCCCAACCAUAAAAUUAUUUUCAUUGUUACUUCAUAACUAAUUUUGCUACUGUUAUGAAUCAUAAUGUAAUGUAGAUAUUUAUGGAGAGAGAGGUUUGCCAAAGUGCUCUCGACCCCACAGGUUGAGAAUCACUGCACUGAAGCCCGGAGAGACAAGAAGACACAGCCUCCUGGGGCCAGAGGGCAUUCCUGCAUGCUUUCGCUUGAGUCCCGAGACAUUUUCUUGGCAGGAUUCCUUCUUGCUUAAACUCAUUCGGAUGGGGGUCUAGCACCUUCAAUCAAAUAGCCUUCUCUAUGUUUCUGUGCUAAUACAGUACAUUCUGAACUUGUUCAUUUGCAUA